AUGGCUCUCACUUCCGAAGAUGACUACGACUGCCUGUGCAAGGUGGUCCUUGUGGGCGAUGUUUCGGUUGGCAAGACCCACUUGCUGUCCCGGUACAUGAAGGACGACCUGCCGAAGGCUCCGGCGGCCACGAUCGGUGUUGAGUUCGCAACGAAGACCAUGAAGCUCUCUUCCGGGGUCAACGUCAAGACGCAGAUCUGGGACACGGCUGGCCAGGAGAGAUACCGGGCCAUCACGCGUGCCCACUACCGGCGGGCCGCAGGGGCCGUGCUGGUGUACGAUGUCACCAGGCAGGAAACCUUCAGGAGCUGCUCCCUUUGGGUGACAGAGGUGCGAGAAGGCGCCCAGCCAAAUGCGAUCAUCAUGCUCGUCGGCAACAAGAUCGAUCUCGUGGAGCAAGACCCCUCUUCGCGGCAGGUCUACCACGACGUCGCGGCGGAGUUUGCUCGCCAGAACGGCCUCAUGUUCAUGGAGGCCAGCGCGGUGUCGGGCGCCAACGUGAAGCGCGCCUUUGAGGAUCUUCUGCAGGAGGUGUAUGCAAAGGCUCCCAAGGAGUCCAAGGGCCUUGAGAAUGAAAGCGGCUCCGACAUGGGUGCUGCCCGAGACUAG